AACAGAUAUAUGUAUUUUUGAAGAAUAUAAUGAACAAUUGUCAGUGAACCCAGUUGGGCUUCAUAAACUGCAUUUCUUUUCUGUAAAAUACAGUUCCUUCUGUCCCUGUGUUUGGUAGCACAGUGGUCAGAGCACUCACUGGGCAUGUGGAAGAUUAGCGAUGAUGAGAGUUGGGAACAAAAGAAAAGGCAUCUUGCUGAGAAGAGGAGUAAGCGUGGCAUUCCUCCUGUUUCUCCUAAUGCCUGUAUCAAAGAUGCUGUGGCUUCUGAAGUAUUCGAUCAUAUGUGGAACAAUGUAAUUGGAAUAUUGGAGGAACUGAUUAAAAAAAAUUGGGAAACUAGUAUCACAGAGUGUGACAAACAUGUGGAAAAACUGAAAGCUGUUACAGGAAAACUGCCUCAGUUGCCUGUUCAUAUUACAGCAGAUGCUGGGAGCGUUCCUCUUUCCAGAGGUUCUGAAGCACGAAGUGUAUCUUUUGGGUCUCAUUUUCUUUCCUCGCAGAUUCACCGUUUCUCCAGCAACUUCUGUAGUGAUUUGAAUGGUGUGAUGACAAUUCAAGCAAAACCGCUUCAACAAAGGCAUGUUGCCACAGUAGAAAAAAUACAGAAUGAGCAAGAAGACAAACAGCCUAGCAUUGACUCCAAUGUUCCAAAUUCAGUGCACGCUAGGUUGGGGAGAAUUGCUGAUAACAGUGUUCUCUCAUCAUCUCGGGUACUCCUGGCACCUUCUAGGAAGCUACCAAGCCAUCGUAGGUUACCUUCUCUUACUUCUGACCAGCUCUCCUCAAAAGCUCCUAAUAUAUACAGUGAUGAAAUCCUUAGGGGGACUAAAUUGGGUGCCAGCUUGGUUUGUUUAUCUUCUGCUCGUGCACCUACCACCCGGAAUAAGUUACCACCAAUAAACUCGGACGCUGUUGAACAAUAUCUUUCAGUACCUCGAUUACAACAGAGCUCUCUUCGAGGACGAUAUGCUCAUAGCAGAGUGUCAAGUGCAGUGCCUGGCAGUACAGAGCAACGGCCACUCAGAGAAAGAACUGUUAUUAUUGAUCAGUUUUCAAGGCCGAACACAACUCAUACAUUUAGGACAGACACAGCUCAGAAGAGAUCACUGACUCCCAUGGAUUUUGCUAACCACAGAGCCACAGGUCAAGGAUUUUUAAUAGGCUCACAGCAUUACUACAGAUCCUUUCAGAGAAAUCCUCCAACCUCAAGAAAGAGAUUUCAGAUUGCUUCUUAACCUAGUUCAGGAAGAAACAGAAACCUCCUGCACUGAGUGGAAGACUGAAGCACUAAAUUUGUCAGCUUGUAUCUUGUGUAGCAAAGAACAUGUGCAGUAUGCUGGAUUCUGCUGAGCCUUGCAAUCCUCAGGAUGCCUUCAUUGCCUUCUUUUAAAGUUGUCUGACCAGGGGUUAGAUUAAAAAUUAGAGAAAAAUGAAAUAAAUGGUUGAGGUGUCUGCUCUGUUUGCAAUAUCAAGAUGCUCCUGCACUUGCUACCUAUAGAAGCAAAUAAGUUAUGUUCAGGCCAUGAAGUUCUGUUCCCACUUUUUCAUAUUUCCUCAGUGUUAAAGAUAUUCUAGUCUGUCCAAACAUCAGUCAUGUAUAAAAUUUAUACUUUUAAACAAAUUUGUGGUAUCUUGUCUUUAACUGCUUUUUUAAUAUUUCUCCAUUUUUCAGUCUGUCUGCUUACUGCAGUUUCUCUCCUAUAAAUAUUGUCUGUCCCUACAUUUUCUUCUUCCUAUAAUUCUUUUGAGAUGGAAUUAAUUCUGCAUCUACUUAUACUCUGCUAAUCAUCAGUAACUAUGGGAACUGCUGGGAUAAACUUUGUUUACAGGAAGUAAUGUUUUCCCUGCCAGGCCAAACGUGUUCAUAGAUGCUGGGCAACUGGACCUGCAUGCUGACAAGUCGGUAAGACCAUUCCAACUUCUUGAGAUUUCUUAUAAAACAUUGCCUGUUAUUGUACAAAUUAAUAAUAUUUUGAAAUACCUGAGCCUUCAAAGUUUUAACAUGAAAAUAUGUAGUUAAGUGAUGAAAGCAUUAUUUCAUACAUCUUUGUGUAGACCCAAAUGGAAAGAUCAAAGAGGAGAUUGGGAUUGCAUUUUGCCCAGAGAUCAGAGCCCUGACUAGUAGUACUAUGUGCAUUCACAGUCAGGGGUUCCUCCUUCCAUCAGAGAGACAGGUUUAAAUAGAUGUUGUUGAAGACCUGUUGAAGAGGAAAGAGAGGAGGAGAAAAACUUAAUUAUUUGCCCCGAUUGUGAAGUUAAGAAUAGAAUCAGUUUCUCCUAGUUGGAAACUAACACCAGUUCUCACUUCUUUUUAUGAUUAUUCAAGGAUUGGUAAUCCAGGAUAAAGCUUUUGUAAUAUGUAUUUUCUAUCUGCACUGUUAAUCAGAUUUCUGGUUUUUGUAAAUGCUCAUCAAGCACUGUGUUCUUUUGAGUAAAUGACAACGUUUUUA